GACGAUAAAAAUAAAACCAUUUAAAACCACCAUAAAACAUGUGAUAUAUUGAAUUUAGUAUUUUAUCAAAUUCACUUUACCUGAGAAGUGUGUAUAUUAUACAGACACCUGUAGACAGUAUGGCUUGUUUGAUUAGAAUGGACUACAUUUUAUACAAGGGCAGAGUGCACACCUAAAACAAAAGCAAGUUAUACUAAAAUGAAGAAAACUGGAUGGAAAUGAAAAUGGCAAAAACUUUAUUAUUCGUAAUGAUAUGUACAAUGCGUAUAAAAACGGCAUUGCUCUGUCCGCCAUUGUGUAACUGCAAUGAAGAUUACUACAUAUACUGUGAUAGCGUCUCUUUACAUGACCAUCAGCUACCAUUUGUAUUGGCAGAUGUUUCCGAAACUGCAACAUACAUUGAUUUCAGCUACAACCUUUUACGAAAUAUCUCCGUUAAUUUAUUCACAAGAUUUCAGCAGUUGAAAUAUUUGAUAUUUGCAUAUAACAAUAUUCAGAAUAUAGAUCCGGGAUCUUUGGACCAGUUACCGAACUUGUUUGUUCUCGAUUUGAGAAAUAAUAAGCUUCAAACUAUUGAAAGCGAGGUUCUUUCUGCACAGUCAAUGCUAAGUCGGUUAUAUUUACAAAACAAUAAUAUUGAAUCUAUCCAUCCAGACGCAUUCCGAAAUUUAUUUCUUUUGAAAGAACUGCAUCUACAAAGAAAUAAAUUAACUUCGUUACCAUUAACGCUGUUCCGAGACAUGCCGAUGCUGACUUCUUUGAAGUUGUUUGAUAACGAGUUAGAAUUUCUUGCAGACGAUACAUUCUCAGGUUUGAUUUCUUUACGAGAACUACUCUUGCAAAACAACGUCAUUUCAAAUUUAUCGCAAAAGGCGUUGCAUGGCCUUUCAAAGGUUAAAACUUUAUAUAUCCAUGGCAACGCGAUUAUGAGUAUUGAAAAGAUUCAUUUCGACGGACUGCGAUCGAGUAUUCAGGUUUUAAAUGUAUCACAUAAUCAAAUAGACGAAAUCAAACAAGACACAUUCAAAGACAUGUAUAAUCUCAAAACUCUAGACUUAUCAAACAAUGAUAUACAUGUUAUAGAAAACUUUUCAUUCGAGUUACUGUCCUUGGAUCAUUUAUUAUUACAGCACAAUCGCUUAACACAUUUAUGGAAGACAUAUUUCACGGGAGCGAAAAAAAUAGUAAAUCUUGAUAUAAGUUAUAAUAAGCUGACGGAUAUUUCAAGCGAUGCGUUUGACAGUCUACUGAAUUCUAUUCGUGUACUUACAUUGAACAAUAAUCAAAUAAAGCAUAUCCAUGUUGGUAUGUUUCGAGGAAUGAAAUAUUUACAAGAACUUAAUCUAGCUAACAAUCAAAUAAUAAACAUAGAUUCAAAUGGAUUUGAAGACUUACACAAUUUGAAAGUGUUAAAUUUACAUAAAAAUCAACUAGAUACUGUGGAUGGUAAAUUUAUGCAAGGAUUAUCAUCUCUAAGGGAUUUAUACUUAGACUGUAAUCCACUUAAGACUGCAACCGGUUUCAGUUUUAUCAAUCCUAUUCACAUUACAAUGAAUCUUACUUUGAUGGCAGUCAUUGAAAACGGCGCUAACAUAUCCUGGCCUUUCAAACAUGGCAGUCAGAUAUAUUGGUCUGUUACCGUAAUUUGUGCACAACAAACCACGAAUUGCGUGGUUGAUAGGAAACCAGAGUAUUUCCCGCCAUUUACGGAGAGUAUUUACUUAGUCAAUUUAUCGCCAAGUUCUAUGUUGUAUAUUUGUGUAAGUCCCAUUUUUAUUAAUAGUGACAUUAUCAUUAAUCAGUGUUUAUUUGUAAACACAUUGGCCAAAGCAUCAUCUACAACAGAAAAUCCUACUCUAAAGACGGCACCAGUUUCAACGGGUAAAAAAUUGCAUCCUAUAUAUUUUUUGUAUGCAGAGUUCAAUUAUAUGUAUUUUAUUGUUAUUUAUCUUAUACAUGGUAUACUUAAAUAAACACAGUUAUUCUAUUUAUGUUAUUUCAUGUUUCUUCAGGACAAUCGACAUUA